AGCUCUGAGGUUCUGAUCCGGUCAGCAUCAUUCAGAACCAGCCGGGGCUUUUGCUUUGAAGGGACCGGAAAGGGCUCCGAAGGUUACAGCAGCUUCCGGUUUCUCUGGAGCCGCAGGUCCACGUCAGGGUGAAGUAGAGCCGACACAAACAAGCCGGAGCAGGACCGAACCGAACCGUGGCCCCAUGGCGGACGAAGCCACGCGCAGAGCCGUGUCGCAGAUCCCGCUCCUGAAGACGCACGCGGGCCCGCGGGAGCGCGCGCUGUGGCCGCAGCGGCUGAAGGAGGAGUACCAGGCUCUGAUCCGGUUCGUAGAACAGAACAAGGCCGCCGACAACGACUGGUUCCGGCUGGAGUCCAAUCCGGACGGCACGCGCUGGACCGGGACCUGCUGGUUCGUACACGAGCUACUGCGCUACGAGUUUCGCGUGGAGUUCGACAUCCCGGUGACGUACCCGGAAACAGCGCCGGAAGUAGCGGUUCCGGAGCUGGACGGGAAGACCGCCAAGAUGUUCCGAGGCGGGAAGAUCUGCCUGACCGAACACUUCGCCCCGCUGUGGGCGCGCAACGUGCCGCGCUUCGGGCUCGCGCACCUCAUGGCGCUCGGGCUCGCGCCUUGGCUGGCCGUGGAAAUCCCGGACCUGAUCAGCAAAGGUCACGUGGUCCACAAGGAGAAGCAGCGUGAUGUGGCGGAGUGACGUCAGAGGUGACAUUAGUACAGGGUUCCAGUUCUGGAACUGUCAGCCGGAACCAAAGUCCUACAGAAACAACACUUCCGGGUCUGCUGUGAGAACGUGAUUGUACAGAAAAUAAAGUUCUGGUUCUGAG